GCCAUCCUGUCUCAGAAAAACUCAACCACUUAGGUCCGGUCUUCCACAGUGCUAAGUGGAUUCAUCCUGUUUGAAUUCAGAGAGCUGAGAAAUGAGGAAACGACUGAUUCAAAUAUUUGGCUUUUUGAUCACCUCACUCGGAUGGACGUUUGUGCUUUGCACCAUGGCCAUGGACUAUUGGAGGAUCUCCCAAAUCGGAGGACAAGGAGGCUCCUUUAUCAUCAAAGUGGCCUGGUACUGGUCCAAUCUGUGGAAAGACUGUUUCACUGAUUCCACAGCCGUGACCAACUGCAGAGACUUCCCUGUGCUGUGGAGUGUCACCCGUAAGUGAGCGACAUGUUAGUUAUUGUACAUCACUGACAAUGUUUGUAAUAUGUCCUCUAAUACAGGAGUUUUAGAUCUGUGUUGUGAUCAAUGAUUCAUUAUGUAACUUUGAAGGACUAAAAUAUAGAAUUUGGAAUAAACAGUGUUAAUAGAGGAUGUGUCUGUUUUGAAAAUGUAAAGGCACCUUAAUUGAAAGAGGAAUAAUCGAAUCUUAGUAAUGAUAUUUACGAUGUAUGUUACAGCGAAGUGAAGUAGAUGAUCAGUCAAAUUAAAUUAGCUUUAGCCUUGUUCAUUGAAAAGUAAUGGUGUACUUAAUAAAUCAAGCUAACUUGUCAAAAAAUCACAGACUCAUCUGAUUAUCUCUAUUCAAAGCAGAGUCAGAAGUCUUGUCUUCUUGUCUACUCAUCUCAUGAGUCAUAUCAUUUGUCGUUUAUCUGAGAGACUCGGAUUGAACUUUCUCUUAUUUUCUUAUAUUGGCAGCUUACGUCCAAGGAGUGCGAGGGUUGCUUAUGUGCGGGUUGACUCUGGGGUUCUUUGCUGUUGUUCUCUGCUUUAUUGGGAUGGACUGCACCUACAUUGGGGGAGCAGAUAAAACCAAGGACAAACUGGUUUUGGCAGGAGCGGUGUUUCAUCUUGCUGGAGGUGAGAGGAACAAAUACUCUUGUCUUGGUAAAUGACAGAAAUGUUUUGCCCUCAUUAUUUCUUGGUAUCAACGAAACCUCUGUCCACAGGUGUGUCAAAUAUUGCCGCCUACUGCUUAUACAUCAACAGGGUUGCCAGGACAACCUUCGCUGCCACUAUAGGGCCGGGAGUUUUACGGUGCGAUUCCUCACACUAAUGUCCAUAAAUAAAAGGUUAUACUGUAAAAAAAUAUAUAUAUCUCAUCUUUUGCUACAGUGAAUUUUGAUUUAUUCAAUCCAGGUAUGACUUGGGACCUCCCAUAUUUCUUGGACUGGUGGGUUGUUUUCUCAUCUAUUUGGGAACUGCGUUUUACGUCGUCACAGUCUUCAGAGUGAUCUGCCCAAAAAGGUAUUCUGAUUCACCUAGUUUCUGCCUUUUUUUUCCUCACCCCACCACUGAAUUAAUUCUGACAUUGUUUUGGUCCCACAGUCAAGUAGUGUAUGCCUAUGGAGGGCACACCUACAUGGAUCCUCGCUCCCGAGGAAGAACGCUGUACACUGGAUACUACAGACCCUCCCAGCAGUAUGCAUCUUACAUGGGCUCAGGGCGAUCCAGCAGCUCCAAGAUCUCAAAGCUCUCUCAGACGACGCCGACUAAAGUUUCAGAAAGAGAUGCCUUUGUAUAGAAACUAAAAGCCCUUUAUUUGUAUAUAGUAAUUUUUUCACAUUCAAUAAACAAGGACGCCUUAAUCUUGUGUAACUACCUAACAUGUCUCAGCAAAUCUCAAAACUCUUCCUUUUUUGUGCACCUCUGUUGCUGUCGUAUUUUUAUUGUUUUAAAGCUCUUUGCGUGUGUUAUUUUGGUUAAACAAGUCAUAAUCUGAACAAAAUACACUGUCAUGUGUUUACUCAUCAUCAGCGAACUUUGUUGUGAUUUAAAACAAUAUUGUGUUGGGAUAAAUGCCUUUGAAUUAAUGAUUACCUAAAUAAAGCUUUUGUUCGUA